UUAUCAGUAAAAUAUACGGUUAUCAGUUGACAAAGCUUGAAGCUUCAAAACGGUGGUUGACAACAAUAAUAAUUAAUAACUCGGUUGAUUUGGAGUAAUUAUUGAAAGAAUAUUUAUGUAUAUUGGUCUAUGCCAUUAAUGAAACGUAAACAUGGAACACCCCUUGACUCUACAGUAGAGACUCAUAGAUAUAUUAUUAGUGUUGUUUUUUUGUGUGCAUGUUUUUUAAUUUUUUACUUUAACAAAAUGUGAAUGAAUGAUUGUGUUAUACUAUUCAAUAAACGUUUUUUUUUCUCUAUGAAAUGGCAUCGAUGCACAAAUGUAAACGAGUAUAUAUCAGUAAAAUAUCGUAAAAAAAAAUGUCUGUGAUAUUUAAAUCAUUUAAAUUCGAAAAUAAAGACGACAUUUUACAAAAAUUACUGGAACAUUCGUUCGGCCGAUCGAAAACAAUUUUCAUGAUAAAAGUCAAAGACAUUAAGAAAAAAUCAAACAAGUGUAAUGCCAAUGGAAUAGGCCACGUAUUGUUGGAGACGAUGGCGACCAAAUUGGAGAUGACAAACGACGGGUACAAAACGUUGGGCAGCAACGAUUGUUAUAUGAUGUUCGUGGACGUGAAAAAUAAAAAAGGAGAAGGCCUGGAUAUCGCCAUGGGCCGUCUUCGCGACCAAGACAGAAUUGUAGUGUUCAACGGUCGUAUCUGCAAACCAAUACAGGCGCGGAAACCCAUCCCGAUCAUAACGGUCCAAGCCGAACGCAAGUCGUCGGUGUUCCUGUUCAUCAACAGCUUGCCGAAAAAUCAUUCGCCGUCGUUGGUCGAGAAGAACCUCGCCAAAAUCACAAGAGCGGGACGGUAUUCGCUGUACGGGCACGUCUUGUCCACUGUCAGAUUUGUCGACGAGGACCUCAUGCUGUUGCAGUUGCAGUGCCACGACACGACCAAAGUGAACGUUCGCCGGUACCCGCAUAAUGUCCGCGAAUUUUGGAGGGUGCUGCAACGCGACAGCCACGCGGACGAUCGCGACACGGUACCCGUGCGACAGUACGACCGCGGCUCGAACCGGAUAGACGUGCUCGUGCAGUCACCGUGCCCCCAAUUCGUUGAGCUCAAAAAAGAUGUCCGGGUGCAGUUGACCUGCGUCAAGGUCAAGCACUGUGGUACGAAAGACGGCGAGAGGGUAUUUUCAUUGUGCGUAAAGGGCAAGAGCGAAAACCUGAGUGCCGACCCGAUCGAGACGCGCACCGUCAAUUCUCUUAGACCGCCGGCCACCAAGCCGCAUUUCCAGAUACCCGACGACCUCCGACCACCAGUGCCCAAGUAUAACCGUUUGGGCAUCACAGUGAACGCGCGAUCGGACCGGACGGCUUCCAAAACAAAGCGUCUAUCCGCGGCGUACGUUCAACGUUUAAUAGCCGAUUCGCCGCCCCCCGCCGAAGACAAGCCGACCACAUCGUCCGCUGGGUCAAAAUUACCAUGGUUCGAUGACACUUCGUCGGAUUCUUCGUCUGACGACUCUUGGCCUAAGUCGUCGUCCGAUGACGAUCUCAUUAGUUUUGUAAACAAGUCAAAGAACCGACAGUCACACGGCCAAACCCAGCCUACCGUUUCUUCUUCGAGCCCUGAUACCAACUCAGAAACUGUACCACAAAAUAUAUCAACAGACCAAAACGUUGUCGUUAUCGAAGCGAACAAUCCCCUUGAUUUCAAUGACCUGUUCAGCGACCACAAUAGGUUAUCGAACAGCUGUCCGCCAAAAGACCCAAUUGUCGUCUCUAAAGAUCCCGUUAACGAUGCGAACAACUCUGUUAGUUCCUUUGACCUGUUGAGCGACCACAAUAGUGUGUUAAACGACUUACCAUCAAAAGACCCAGUUAUCGUUUUGAAAGAUCCAGUUAACGAAGAGAAUAACUCCAUUUGUUCCAUUGACUCACCGUCAAAAGACUCUGUUAACGAAAUAAACUCUACUAUUGAGUCCAUUGACUUGUUGAGCGACCACAAUAAUGUGUUGAACGACUCACUGUCAAAAGACGUCCCAGUUGUCGUCGUCCCAAAAAAACCCCUUAAUGAAAUAAACAGCCCCGUUGUUUCCAUUGACCUGUUGAACGACUCACCGAUACUGAUAUCGGACGACAGCAUGUGUUCCACCGUGUUAGUCAGCGAUGACUCUUCUUCACCCGUUGUGAUUUCCAACAAUGAGGAUAGCAAUGAUCAAAGUCUUAGAUCUCCGGUGAUACUCAGAUUUUCCGAUUUUCAAAGAAGCCCCGUGCCUACACCUACCACCAUGAUCGAGGAACAAGAGAAACAAGACUGUGAAAUUGUGGAACCAUGCCGAUUAGUGUUCUUCGAACCAUUUAUGCUUGAUGAUUCCGACUUCACUCAACUUGUGGCUGGAUACUGUGUUGAGUGCACUACGUUCAAGUCAAUGUCUUUAUUGGUCUCGUCAACCGAAUGCGGUUUGGGCGGACCGUACAAGUGUCACACUUGUGAUAAAACUGUUGUUAUCACAUACUUUUUCAAAAUGAACUUUCUAUAUGGUCCUGAUGAUGAUCGAGCGUUGGGAGUGUGUUGCUACAACGACGUUGCCAAAAAUUUUAUUAAAACCUUGGUAUCAAAAGAAUUGACCGUAGAAGAGUACUUGUCUGACCCCAGUCAUAAGCAUUUGAUAACCAACGCCAUUAUGCAGUUAAUCGUCAAUAAAACCAAGAUGACCAUUCGUGUGAAACACUCCAAGCAAGACAAGACUUAUAUUUUACUUUCAAUUGAUUACUUCUUGUAAAACAAAAAUAUAUUGGAAAAACUAACAUCAGUAUCUAGAUACACCACCUGAAAAAUUUACUAGUCUUAGAAAAUACUGUCUUUUUUUUUUGAUGUUAUCAUACAGUGUUCAUUUCAUAAUCAGAUAUAUAAGUUAAAAGAAUUUUAUGAAAUAGAAAAAAUUUCAAUAUAGAUAUAAAGGUUAUAACCUUUUAAUAGUAAUAUCACCAUAAUACUAUAAUAUACUGAAUAACCAAUUUUAUUAAAUUUAAAAAAAAAAAUUGAAGGUAAAUAAAGAUAUGUAUUAAAAGAUAUUAUGUAAACUUAUAAACAUAAGUAUGAAAUUAUGACAAACACCGCAUUUUU